AUGGCUGAGUCAAUUGAGGAGCUCAUUGACGAGUUCUUCGACAAGCUCGUCGAUGAAGAUGAGCUCAAAGUGCCCCAGACUUGCGUCGAGCUGCUCCCAGGCACGGACAGAUCCCUUAUCCGUGCAAUCCUCGGUGGCUAUUGGGAGCCUGCACAGAAGCAGCUGAUGCAACGUGACUCCACGGAAAAGCUAAAGGUAAAUGCAGACGGCCUGAGGAAGUUAAUUGAAGCAGGAGACAGCCCGUUCAAGGAGUUCCCCGCCGGCAAGAGAAUAACCGCAAAGGCAUAUCGCAUCGAUCCCGAAGAAGUUGAAGGUUUGUGUCCUGUUGUCCUCGAGUUUGUUAUUGACUCUAUCCCUGGUUUCCUCGAUAGUCAGGCUGCACUCAAGCCCACAGCCUCACUACCGGCACUGAAUACCACAAACCCACUACCGGCACUGGAAGUACCGGCGAUCAGCGCUAAGCGAUACUCCUACUCGGAGGCCUUGAUAAAGGCGCAGCUGGACGCUCUCCUUCGGAACGACCAGUUUACAGAUAGCCGAGGACAGAGAAUGCGUAAUUUCUUGGAAGACUUUCUCCCGGCGAACGAUGGUACGGACGAGAGAGCGGGUACAGCGACAUCACCAAAGGUUCACGACAACACGGUUCUUCGCUCGGCGCCCCUAGCACCGUUCGUCUACAAAGAUUAUUGCGAGAAGAAGUGGUCAAUAGCAAUUGAGAGCAUCGUCGUCCGCGCGACCAUUGACAGGAAUUCCAACUCGGGAAUGCUUGAUGGCUCCGUCCUGGGCAGUGAGAUUGAAGUCCAGGGCGCAGUACCCGUCGAACACCACGACUCCUCUUUGGAUGUACCUCCUAUGGAAGAGUCGCAUGGUCCCAAUAAGAGAUACCUCCACAGUGAUCUCUCGAGCUUGAGAACCAUGAACGAGCAAAUCACCGUCCACCUACGUAUGGCUCUCAAUCAGCCAGGAGCUGGAGACCAUUGCAACACCGAAGACAGCAAGCGAACGAAGACAGACACGACAGUCAUUAGGCCCGCUAAGAACGUAUGGGGACUUUGGUCUUGGGUACUGCGUGAACGCUUGAAUGAGAAGUAUCCUUCCAUGGUCAAGGGCGACAUCAAUGAAUGGCUGGGUGCCAUCUGGAAGCACGUGACGAGGAGGAAGAGUCUCCCAAUCCUGGCUACUGAAGACAAAAUGAGGUAUAUGUCAGAGGAGGCUACUGUAUUCCAUGACGGGACCAUCAAACAAGCCCUCAGCAAUAAGUUUGACGUGCUCCUUCUCGAGAUUGCCCGACGUUGUUCACUCGGCCAGGUGGCUCGGGACGCCAUAAAUCACGGAAAAUAUAAACCAGCAGAUCUUGACAAAGCAGACACUGAGAUGGAAGCUGAGCAGAUCGAGGACGCAAGGCAGGACCGGAUAGAAGAGGCUCCACCACGAAGUGCCGAUCAGCCCUCCGGCUCCGGCUCUCACGCGCGAGUGUUUCCCGGGCCGCAGCCGUCUCAGCGACACGCACAAUUUGCUCGGCAAGGUGACUUGGGAUCGCAUGCCCUUUCGCCCCGCAAGCGGCAUCUCAGCGAGACCUCACAAUCACAGAAUGGACCUACGCCCAAGGUGCCUCGUCGCUCUAUACACUACGGCCCGUCACCAGCGUCUCAUGGUGCAUGGAGUUCCACUGCUCCAGCGGCAACCGAUGCCCCGAGCGCAGCUCAGACUCUCCCCUCCUCUUCACUCCGCACAUCUUCCUCUGGCUGGAGGCAUGGCCAGCCGUUCGAAUUAAUCCCUAGCGAUGAUGAUGAGGACAGCGAGUGCGACGAUAAGGGCAGUGCCACCUCCACUGGCGCCUAG